UUGACGCCAGCUACCACUGUUGCACAAAUCGCGCGUCCCAAUUGCAGCCGGGCCGAAUUUUCUUUCUCCGAUGCAGAUCCCGCUUUUCGAUCUGACCUCCACCGAAGGCCUCAGAGCCCAUCGAUUCUCGAGUUCCAUAGCCGGCCGUCAGUCGUUGAAGGCCCGAUCGUCGCGCCGCCGCUUGCGACCGCCGAGGUUGAUGUUGCGUGGGCUGCCGACAAAGAGAAAAAUGGGAGGAAGAUUUUUGAGUGGGUUGGUAAGAUAGUGUCACGCCUGAAAGCAAGAUUGGAGUACGUUGACCGUCUCUUGGCCGAGGCGGGUGAAGAUGGUCGUGGAGGGUCUAUGGCUUUAACUGCUAUGGACGUCUGUAAGACUCUUGGCAUUAGCUGGGUUCUGAGGAGGAUCCAAGAGGGGUCACUAUGA